AUGGUGUCGCGUAAGCGUGCCAGGGAGGAGACGGAGACGGACAGCGCUGCAGAACCCGCGCAGGAACAUGGCCUCCUCCACAAGCUGCGCAAUAUGUGGGAGUUCCCAAAUCUCAUGCAAUACAUAUACACCUUUGGCAAGCCCAUGAAGCUCGACGAUGACAUCGAUAUAGAGGAUCUCGAGACCGAAUGUCUCAAACCGGGACACUCAGAGAGGCUACUUAACAUCGGCCUAAAUCUUCUAAAAUUCGUCUCUUCCCAUCGCGGCUUAAAGUACGCCUCUUCCGUCCCCACGAUCACUAUUCUAGUCGAGUACACACGGCGUCAGUACCUCGCGAAAGCGCCUCUCCGUAACCCGUUUGGGGAUGAGGAAACCCCGUUGAAGUUUCACCAGUUGGAUAUCUUCCAGAGAAUACGUGUCUUGCAGCAAUUGUCGGCAUGGACCCUGUGGAAUCCAGACCGGUUUCGAGAGCGGAUGGAGGAACAGAAAGAAUCGGAUCAGAUACAAUGGAGAAUUAACGAACUUGGCUACGACCGUGAUGAUCACCAAUAUUAUGUCCUCGACGACAACCGUCUCUAUCGCCGCAUAGAACCUCGAAUCCCAUCGGAACGGCCCGUAAAACGAAAGGUGAACACCAGGAGAGGACGAGCUGGCGCCCGCUCAUCGAAAAGGAGAAAGGUCGCUGAGGUCCAAGACGACACCGACGAUCAAAACGAUGACGCCGAUGCCGCGCAGUCGACAUCAAAUGGCUCCCGAGACUACGAGUGGGAGUGUGUCGCCAUCUCCAUAAAUGACUACAAUACCUUUAUCGAAUCGCUGAAGAAGUCAAAAGACCUAAACGAACAGGCCCUCCGAGACCGUCUCAUUGAGGAAGUGUUACCAGUCAUCGAGAAAGUAGAAGAGUUACAGCAAAAGAAGGCCCUCCGCAGAGAGAAAGAGUUGAUAAACCUAGAAAAGCUAGCUACCGCAAAGAGAUCCAGCAGAAUUGCGGGCAAACAAGACAGAGAACGUCAGGAAGCGCAAGCAGCCGAGGAAGCCAAAAGACUUGAAGCGGAGCGAAUUGCAGAGCAAAAGGCGAAAGAAAGGGCUGAGAAUAUCGAGAAGGAGCGCCAGUAUCGCUUGAUGACGCGCGAGCAACGUCUGAAGGACCGCGAGGAAAAGAGAAGACAGCAUGAGGAAGAACUAGUUCGCAUGACUGAAAAAGCUAAGCUAGCAGAGGAGGGAGAAGCUAGAAUAUCUCGACGGAAUUUCAAGACCGAGAUGGAAAGACGCCAGAAGGGCCUUGAACAGCUCGAGACAGAAGACUGGACCUUCGAUUGUUCUGGCUGUGGUGUUCACGGAGAGAACUUGGAUGACGGCUCUCAUAGCGUUGCAUGCGACAAAUGCAAUGUCUGGCAGCAUAGCAAGUGCCUUGGUAUAUCUCAGUCAGAGGCAGAAAAGGAUGACUUCCAUUUCAUAUGUGCAGACUGCAAGCGGCGCAUUGAAGAAGCAAAACGGCCCAAGAUUCCACCGUUGAAAUUCCGCAUCACAUCUUCAGCAUCACCGCCUUCGAAGAAAGGGAGUCAACCUGACAAUGUACAGGCUGCUGUCAAGAAUCAACCUGCCAAUAACCACAGUGUUUCUCCGACCCAGCAAUUCCGGCCAGCGCCUAUGGAACCACGCCUCUUCGCUCCAAAUCCUCCCGUUGCAUCUCAUCCUAUGUUUGUUAAAAAUGGCGUGCCUCAGCAGCCGCCCACCAUCAAGGCCAUCAACCAGCUCACCAUCGAGGCCACCAACAGGUCCAUCAUCAAGGCCACCAACAGGUCCAUCAACAAGACCAUCAACAGGCUCAUCAACAAGCCCAACAAGCACAUCAACCAGCCCACUACCAAGCCCAACAAGCGCAUCAACAAGCUCAUCAACAUGCUCAUCAACAAGCCCAACAAGGCCAUCAACCAGGACCAGCUAUGCCUUAUGCGCGACAACCUGCACCCCCAACGUCCUACAUCGUCUGGCUCCAUUCCAAGCAGCUUUCCAUCUCCAGUUCAAAACCGGCCAUCCAUGUCACCAACACAGGGCAACGGAGACGUUGGUCCUCUAGCUGGAUUCCCACCGGCGCCCGUCCCGGCACCUACAGCUGCGCCUUCGCCUGGGACAAAUGGCACAUACCCAGGAACCCCAUAUCAACGUAACCACGCAGGUUUCUCGCCCUAUCCAUUCCAACAACAGCCACAACAUCACCACCCUUCAAGUCAAUCCCCAUCCACCUCUUUCUCCUCCUCCAUGACCAACCCCCAAGCUUCAUUUGGGCAAACGCCUCCCUCCAACCGAUACUCCCCAGGAAUCCCAAUGUCGGGUCUUAGUCCUACAAAGCACUCACCUGCUCGCCCUGCCUCGUUCAAUGAAGUAGGAGUCCAGUCCGUCGUCCCGCCAAUACAGAGACUCCAACCUAGCCCAAAGCUUAUGGGCAGAGCAUCACCCGAUACUCCCAUUCCUGCUCCAGUGAAAAAUAUGGCUCCAGAGCCAGUACAUACAAAUAACGGUGUGGCACAACAGCACCCAUUCGGAGCCAUGAACUACACUAGCCCCCUAUCUACGCAUCCAACAUCAUUUGAACAGCGGCAACGAGAGGCCCAUAACCAAUACUCCCCCAGCAAGGCUGGCUGA